AUGUUUCUACCCGGCGUGGCCAGGGCAAUGAGUGACUCUGGGAGAGGAGGGAGGACGAGGGAGCAUCCGGAACAGCGGGAGUAUGGUGACAUUCGCGCAGUUGGUACUGCUGUCAGAGGUCUUCCUGUCAUCCUGAACGUCCCGUCACCUCUUUCAUUCGCGAACCGACGAAUAAUAGUGGAGAGCCACGAGAUGGCAAAAACCGGUCCCUGCAGUUCUCAGCCGCAAGAGCCGCUCGUAUUGCAAUUUAACCUUUCAGGCACACCUCUUCUCGUUCCUGCGUCAGGCCGUGUCGCCGUCGAAAGCGCUGUGUGGGUGACGGUUGUGUUGUGUUGUGUUGUGUUGUGGGUGCGGUUCGUGGCGAUACACUACACGUGUGUGGAAGGGGUCACUGUCCCCACAUGUGCGGAAAUUGCGACCUCAGCCUGCGAACAAUCAUUAUGCUCUCCCCUUCGUCACUCUCAGAAGUUUGGUGCCAUGACGGGCGAUGACGAUGGUACCAUUGAAGCGUCGCAUUUGCCGCCGAGGAUCAUCACUGAAUAUGAGAAGAAUGUUCACGUGGAUGUGAACCUCAUCUCACUCACCCGAGAUCUUCGACCCUAG